ACACGUCAAUAUGAUUGACAAUACCCCUGCCUCCGCCCGAUAUUGACGUGAAAAAUUCAGAAUUUCUGGAUAAUCUACAAUAUUAUUGAACAACAAUACGUACUUUAUUGACAAUAUUAUUGAGUGUGUGCGGCUAGCCUAACAUUUUAGAAGCACUAUUGAAGAAUGUCCAGUUUUGGUAGAAGUGUAUUUUUAAGACAAAUGAUUUCGAUUGUAAAACACAAUUUAAUUAAAAAGAGUAGCUCACGAGCUUCUUUCGAUUUGUCGGAACCGGUUAUUAAAGCUUACUUCAAAAGAAUAAUGUUCGAACAUGAAGACCUCUAUAUGAAAAUGCAAAGAACUCCGGAAGAAUCUCGUCGUUAUUUUGAAAUAAAACCAAUCGUUAAUAUACUUCAACACCGUAUUUCCUUGCUUGAGAACAUUGCUACGCUCAAACAACUCAUAAAGAACAAAUACUCGCAAACUGAGGAUGACGCUGAGAUUAAAAAAAUGAUGAAAGAAGAAAGUAAAAUAUACGAAAAGCGUAUGGAUGAUCUCGAUCGUGAACUGCAAAGGACACUCCUAGACCCGAAACUAACGGAAGGUAUAGUGCUGCUGGAAGUCAAGGCCGAUAGUGGAGGAGAGGAAGCCAUGAACUUUGCGAAAAAACUAUUCAAAAUGUAUAGAACAUACGCAAACUAUAGAGACUGGGAAACCAGCGUUGUCUCAUAUGAGAAGUCAAAUGAGGAGGGUAUUAUCAAAGCUUCAAUGUUCAUUGAGGGUUUAGGUGCAUUUGAAUUUAUGAAAUUGGAGGCUGGGAUACACUGUGCAAAAAAAGCUUCUGCCACAAAGGGUGACGGUCAGAACAUUGAAACUAGUACAGCAGUCGUAACUGUUCUACCAAAGCCGACAGAAGAUCAACUAAGUAUCCCUGAAACUGAUAUUAUUAAAGAGAAACUUCCCAACGAUAGUGCUGUUCGGAUCACACAUAUACCAACCGGGUUGGUGGCUGAAUGUCAGGAAAAUAAAUCGAAAACAAAAAAUAAACAUGUUGCCAUUCAGAAAUUAAGAACACUGUUGUUGGAGAAGCAAGAUCAAACAAGGAACAGUGAAUCUAAGAUCUCUGUGGCAAAUGGAGGGCAAGAAGUUCGGACAUAUGAUUAUAUACAGGAUCAAGUGAUAGAACAUCGUAAAGGUGGCGGGACUGUUCAGAAUCUGCAAAGGUUCAUGCACGGCAGCGAAAAAUUGGAGCAGGUCCAAGAGAAUUUGCUAAAAGAGCAGACCUGCUCGACACUCAUGGAGGAAAUUAAUCAAUAUGCAACAGAGUCAGUGAAAAAUUAACAUAAUUUGCUUUACAUUUUAUAUAUGACAUUACUAGCUUUUAUUGCUGAUUUAUUAAAGAAUUAAUUAUGAAAUAAAA